AUGCAUCCCCUCCUGUUUACGAAAGACAACACCGGGUGCGAACAGGUGAUGGCUGCGCUCGAGGAAUGCCACGCAAAGGGCUUCGUAUGGAAGGCGGUCGGCAUGUGCAAUAACAACAAGAAGCAGCUGAUCGCAUGCCUCCGAGAGGAACGGAUCAGGAACCAAAACCUGAACAGGACCGAUGUCCAGGACAAGCGGUCCAAGAUACGAGAGAUGUGGAAAGAAAUCGACGAGAAUAGCUAA